GGAAAACGUGGGUGAAAUGUCAGAGCUACUGCACGGUUAGCCCUAUCUCAGAAGCGUUCAGACGCAACUCCAAUAAAGUACACAAACCCACUUAUACACUGCGUCGAAGACUACGAGGGCGAUGGCAGGUCUCCCUCCGUCCGUGGCGCGGGAGGCGGUGCUUAAGGAGAGCACGGCGCUGCCGGCGGACAUGUUGCGUAUCCGUGGUUACGACUUCAACCAGGGCGUGGACCAGCGGGCGCUGAUGCAGUCCUUCCUCACCACCGGCUUCCAGGCCUCCAGCUUCGGCCUCGCCGUGCAGGAGGUCAACAGGAUGAUAGAGAAGCGUCUGGAGCCUGUAGAGGAGGAGGAGGCGGAGGGGGAGGGUGAGCCCACUCCUGCUCCCGGGGGUCGGUCGGGCUGUACCAUCUUCCUGGGCUACACGUCCAACCUCAUCAGCUCUGGAGUCAGGGAGACCAUCCGCUACCUGGCCCAGCACAAAAUGGUGGACGUGAUCGUGACUACAGCAGGAGGGGUGGAGGAGGACCUUAUUAAGUGUCUGGCCGCCACGUAUCUGGGAGACUUCAGCCUACCAGGCAAAGAGCUGCGCCAGAGAGGCAUCAACAGGAUAGGGAAUCUACUGGUGCCUAAUGAUAAUUACUGUAAGUUUGAGGACUGGCUGAUGCCCAUUCUGGACCAGAUGGUGCACGAGCAGAAGACUGAGGGCAUCCACUGGACUCCGUCUAAGAUGAUCCACAGACUGGGAAAAGAGAUCAACAACCCAGAGUCCGUCUACUACUGGGCUUACAAGAACGACAUCCCCGUGUUCAGCCCGGCGCUGACUGACGGCUCUCUGGGGGACAUGAUCUACUUCCACUCCUACAAGAACCCUGGCCUAGUGCUGGACAUCGUGGAGGACAUCCGCAGGUUGAACAGUAAAGCGGUCUUUGCCAAGCGUACUGGAAUGAUCAUCCUUGGAGGUGGACUGGUCAAACACCACAUCGCCAACGCCAACCUGAUGAGGAACGGUGCGGACUACUCUGUGUUUGUGAACACGGGUCAGGAGUUUGACGGUUCUGAUUCUGGAGCUCGGCCUGAUGAAGCCAUCUCCUGGGGCAAGAUCCGCAUGGACGCCAAACCCGUCAAGGUGUAUGCGGAUGCCACUCUGAUUUUCCCUCUGCUGGUUGCGGAGACGUUUGCUCACCAUGCAGACAAGCUGAUCACUGACAAGAAGGAAUAACACACACACACCUGCCCUGCCUCUGCUCUGUGUGUGCGUGUGUGUGUGUGCGUGCGGGAGCGAAAGAGUCUGUGUGUGGGUGAGAAAGAGAGAGAGAGAAAGAAAGAGAGAGUUCGUCUGUCUGUGUGUGUGUGUGUGUGUGUGUGUGUGUGUGUGUGUGUGUGUGUACGGGUAUGUUACAUAAAGUCUCAGUAAUCCUUGUGAGGGAGUUUUGUUUUUUUGUUUUUAAGAAGUCACCAAAGACAUGGUGUAAAAGCACUUUGAGAUUGUGUGUAUGUGAUACAACAUACAUGCAUUUAAACUGUGUGUGUGUGUGUGUGUCUGUGUUUGUGUGUGUCUGUGUGUGUGUGUGUGUGUGUGUGUGUGUGAUGAGCGAUACCGUUGUGAUAUGGUUGUAUUAUGGCUGUUUUUAAGUUGGACUGGUAAAGGGAAUGCAGACCUGUAGAAGCUCAGCACGAUAUAGAACCUGCCUUAGAACUCCCACACCCAGUUUAGAACCUCCCUCAGAACUCUAGAACCUCCCUCAGAACUCCAGAACCCCCCUCAGAACUCCAGAACCCAGGCACGGAACCGGGUCUGUCUCCAUGGCAGCAGCAGCUUGAGAAUGUUUAUGAAUGUCAGUCAUCUCAUCACACCUGUGCUGCUUAUUCUGCAAUAAAAUGUCCUGCUCAAACACA